CAGGGUGCUGGAACCUAUCGUGUCGUGACCAUUGGGUAUACAUACAAUCUAUUUCUGUCUUUUUCUUUAUACUUUAUAUGACCCUGGUAGGCGUGUACAGGUGGUUGUGUAAAUACAUGUGUAAACUGACAAAUAUGAGACGGAAUAACCAGUGGUGAAGGAAAGUUGGUGAAUCUAAGCACCAUGACAAUGCUACACACGGCCUGUAACCUGAUCGUAAUGUGGGCGAUAUUUGAUAUCAAUCAAGUUACAGCAAAACAAUCGCCGCCUCCACCUAAACCUACACAAGCUUCUCAAAACGAGCCGGAUUCAAACUCGUCAAACUCCGCAGUGAUAGGAGGGUCUGUGGGAGGGUGUAUCGCGCUAAUCAUCAUAGUCAUCGUCGUAGUCUACUGUGUCUGGUCCAGACGAAGGAACCGAGGCCAAUCAGACACCAAACCAAAUGCCAGCAUGGUCUUCAAAAAUCAUAGUAACAAUGAUGUAAAACAGCCCCGGGCAUCAGAAGACAAGAGGGAACCUUAUUCUGUUCUCUCCAACGCCAGCGAGAAUGCAGCACAAAGAAAUGUUUAUGACGAGUUGGGUGGUGUCAGUAAUGGGAACGGAACCCCAACUACAAACGAGGAAGCAGAGUACUGCUAUAUCAGUGACAGUGAUAUAAAAGCGGCACAAAGACAGUCGGGGAAUCCAAUCCCAUCAGUUAGAAAUAACAUGUCACUAGGUGAUCAAACUUACAGUGGUCAGACCGGAAAUCAACACAUCUCGACCUCUCCAGUUAACGGAGAACCUCAUGAAUAUUUGGUACUGGAACCAGAACACACAAGCUUGUAGAUGGAAUAUUCUAUCAUCUAGUCGUGCUAUUUUCAGUGACAUGCUUUUAGAACAAUAACACUAACAUGGGAAAGGUUCUUUGAGUGACCAAAGUUCUAACUGUUGAUCGGAAUAGAGUUUCUAGCAUUAACAUGAACUGAGGAGUACAAUUUUAUGUGAUGUAAAGAGUUCUAGUGAAGAGAGUGUUCAAUAGGAUGGUCUUAUGUUCUCGCCUUGAUUGGCAAUGACAUAUGAGAAGCAAUAAUAGGAAAUCACAGAGCAAAGUUAGAAUUAAUUACCAGUUCAAUAAAACAAGUGCUUGAAAUUAUUGUUUUAUCUUUAUACCGUGUGUUCUGAUACAAUUACAUUUUCGUCAUUCGGAUAUAUAACUUGAUUCCUUGUGCUACAAAUCAUUAUCCACGUGAUCAUGAAUUAUUCUUCCAACCCAUACCUCAUCAUUGACAAAGACGUAGGAAAAACGACUAGAAAUGAUGUUCUGUAUUAGACGAUUAAACUUAAUGGUAUUGAGGUUUAUGAGUUUGUCUUUGUAUUUAUUCAUGUACAUGUAUUUUAAGUAUAUAAAUAAGUGUUAUGUUUA